AGUGUUUGACUUGUCUGACAUCUGUGCUUGUCGCGUAUCGUAUUCAAAUUGGUUUCAUGGUUUGGUUGGUCAUAUUCGGCUAUCACCUGAUAUUAAUUUACACCUAACAAUUUAAUUUUUGACCCUAUCAGGCUUUAAUACAAGUGCUUGUAACAAAAAGUGAGUGUGUGUACAAUUGAACAUUAAAUCAAGGUAAUCAAAGAUGGUUGAAGGAGGUUUCCCUGGUCAGCACACGACGACGACGACAGUGACGUCCAGCACCACGGUGCAGACCAAUAUACGGUUCGACCGCUCCUACAUAACGACCAUCCCAGGGAUACUGAAGAUAGUACAAGUUCUAUGCAGUCUCCUCGGGUUCAUAUGCAUCCAGUGCUCGCGCUUGAGCAGCUGGAGUAAAGGCUCCUUCUUCAGCUGGAUCUCUAUGAUCGCCUUCUGGUUCACCGGGAUUCUGCUCGGCCUGUACCUCUUCCAUAUCCUGGAGAAGUUCUACAAGAUCCCCUGGCUGAAACUUGAGUUCCUGUUCUGCGCGAUCUGGACGCUCAUGUACCUGAUUGCUUCUAUUCUAGCCACAACUGUUCAUGAUAACCCUCAUUCUGCUGCUGCGUUCUUCGGUUUCGUGGCGAUGUUGGCGUAUUUGGUGGACGCGUACCUGAAGUUCAAGGCGGUGCGUGACGGUGGCCUGGCCCAGGGCUCCCGUGUCGUCUCCAAGCAGACCUCCACCGUCGAGUCACCUCCUCCCCGGAUUGGCUACUAAUGAGGCUCACACACUAGUCCUGCAAGUCAUCAGCCGGGAAGUAUAAACGUGCUCAUGUGAAGAUAGUUGUUAAGUUGAAACUUGUACUUACUUUAUUCGUGGGCUUUAUACAUUUCUUCUAAGUUCUGCGAAUUGCUCACAUACAUUGUAGAAAAGUUCUCGCAAGUUAAAAGAUAUUGAAUUGGCACCGUAUUGCACUGUUAGUUGUUUAGUGUUGCGACGUCAUUUGUAAAUAAUAUUGAGCAAGAAACUUAACACAAUAUGUAUUGCCAUUAUGAAAUGUUUGUUGCCAGCAAAGUAAGUUCCACAUUUUUAGCUCAAAAUCGGUUUUAAUAUCUGUGGUCACAAUAUAAGCUCAAUAACUUUCUCUGUCCGUAUGUCAGCUGUUUGUUUAAGCUAUAUUCAUUAGAUUAAGCCUGAACAAAAACCAUGUACUUAAUCAAAUCUUUAGCAGUAUUUUUUAAUUUUACAUUUACUAUCGCACUUAUGUCGUCGAGAUAAGAAUGCAUAUCAAAUAACAAUAAUUUCAAAUUGUUUUAUAAAUAUUUAUGAAUGAUCACAAUGUGCUAUGGACACCUAUUAAUUGUUGAUUUGUAUUAUAAUACCUAAAAUUGGAGCGUUAACUUCGUAACCAAAGAAUAUGUACCUAUCUACAGGGUGUGACGGCUCAAGAGGUGAUCUGAAGGAAAUGUAAGCAUGACACAUUUUGAAAAGUUUUUAUUUUUAUGUAUAUUUUUUAUAUUUAAUACUUUUAUCCACUUAUAAGCAUUAUAUGACAUGGACAAUGAAUAUUAAUUUGUGUAUUAAUAAUAUUUAAUUGACAUACUAUAUUAGUAUAUUAAUAUUAAGUAAAUGUUAUGUAUUAUAUUUGUACACGUCCAGAUAUAACUUUAAAAUGAGCCUUAUACACUGUGCCUUGUGUUCAUAAGUAGUAUAUUUGCUUCAAUUAUACAUAUGCACUAUGUUAUGAAUGAAAUGUUCAGUAUUUUGUAUCAACACGCGAAGUAUUUACAAGUCACUUUUGACAGUAUUUAAAAAUAUUCUAGAAUUUUUUUAAUGGCGUACCUAAUUGUGUACUAUACGGCCAGUCUCAUAUUGACAGCACUGGCAACUCUGACGUCAUAACUGUUUAAACGUAGUAACUACUCAUUUGUUUCUUGCAUUUAACCGCCGCACUCAGACUCAUUUAUAAUAAACCCAGUCAAAAUCUUUACUAAGGCACAGUUUAAGUAACAAAUAAAUGUCUCAGUAUGCGGCGGUAAUGCCUAAUACUUUCCUACACUUCGCACUGAAUUUAACUAGUCAUUUAAUUUUUCUAUGUCCUUUAUGUCGAAAUGAUUCUUCGGAGCGUAUAAUGGUACAUUAUUAAGUAAGCCAUUAAAAUAGAUAUCAGUUUUAUUAAUGUAUUCACUAAUAUUUGUGUAAAUUAAUCUUAUCUUAGUAGUUAAGUUUUAAUUAACCACCUGACUAAUUACAGUUAUCUAUGAGGUACAUAUGUAUACUAUUUUAUUUAUACAUAUUUACUAUUAAGUUUUAACAAUGAAUUUAUAAUUGAACUUUACAUUUUAACUUCGAACUAAUUAAGUCUAGGAACGCAAUUUAAUGUAGUUUUAAAAGUUAAUAAAAAAUAUAAUAUAUUUACAACGAAAUAAGUGGAUCAUACCGGGUAUGUAGUAAGAAUACAGUUGUCAAUAUAUUUUUCACAGGUCAAAUUGAUUAUUGUUCUUGAAAGGAGAUGAAUGCUUCAAUGUUUAUAUUUUAAAUUCUCCUGUUUUAAGAUUAAUUAUUUGAGUCUAAUUCUGACUUCUAAUAAUAGUUAAUAAGAACUUGUUACUAGAUAUAUGUACCUAAGUUAUCAAUUUUAUCAUCAUUUUCUACUUAUCUGUUUCGUCUAAAAAUAAUCAUGGCUAACAGACAAUUAUGUAUUGUUAUGUAUAAAAAAUUAAAAAUAGUAUUUCUUAAGUAUUGCUGCCAUAUUUGUAUUUUUAAUAUAAUAAUUAUGUUUAUAUUUGAUAUAAAUAAAUGAAAAAUAAUUGUCACCGGUUGCAUUGUAAACUAAAGUCGCACUUAACAUUAUAUACCUCUUUAUACACAGGAAAUACUCAAUGCAAUAGAAAUGUAACCAUAAUAAUUUACCUUGUUACUAUUUUUAAUUCAUCUUUUACGAAAAUUUUUGUCGUAAAUAUAUGAAUAAAAAACAAUCGAUAUCUCUAUGCAUUUCUUGAAACUUUACUGUUCAUUUACAAUUUUUAUCUGUAAUUAAUUAUGUAUUGCGUUUUAUUAUAAUAAGAAUUCACGAAAAAUAAUGGUGCCUUACGAAACCUCUGUACCUAUUUUGUAAAUACUUUUAACAUAAUUAUCUCAUAUCAAUUAAAUUAUA